GGAGAGCGAGCAGCCGAGCACCAAUCAGGAUCUGUGAACAAAUUUUUCCUGCACCUUGCAAAUUGUCACAUGUUUUCAUUCUCCAAUCUUGCUAACUACGUAAUUUACAUUCUCACUGAUCAGAUACCACAUGAUACCCGAAUCAAUUAAAAGCUGUGGACCUUUGCUCAUUAUUAAAUCAUAUUAAUUUCAACAUUUUCUGCGCAGAAAAAUCAUUAAGAGCUGUCUCUUUCAAAACAUACCCCAUGUGCGCCUCUUAGCUGUUCGGUUAAAUGCCUGAAUGAAAACCUACCUUAAUAGGUUAUUGUAAAGAGACUAUUCAACACCCUUUUGACAACUAAUUAAUUUUAUAUAUUCACACUCCUUUGUAAAAAACUCAAGUUAGUUACUACCCUUUACAUCUUAUCUGUACUUAAACAUGUGUAUACAAAUUAUACAUUGACUUGAAUUUGUAACUGGGUCAUUAUGUUUAUCUGUCAUUGAGCUACUUUGUGGUGUGGGUUUUAUUAUAUAUGUGAGUAUCAGUAGAUCUCUCAGAGCACCCAGGAAUACUUUGGGAUUGGUGUUUCUGGGUACUUUUUGUUUUUUGUUAGUUUUAUGAGCUCAUCAUUUUUUUCCAGAAACUGCAGAUUUUCUUGUUUUAUGUGAUUAUUGUUUAAUAAUUUGUUAAUGGGUAGUUCAGUAUUCUUUGUGAUUUGCUUGGCAAUUCUUUAUGUGGGUAGUUGUUAUUCUUUGUCUGAUCAAGAAAAGGACAGAAUUACGGAAUUGCCUGGGCAGCCGACGAAUGUCGGUUUUGCUCAGUAUUCUGGGUAUGUGACUGUGAAUCAGAUGGCUGGGAAGGCACUGUUUUACUGGCUUACUGAAUCACCGGAAGCUCGUAAUCCCGAGUCAAGGCCGCUUGUGUUGUGGCUUAAUGGAGGCCCUGGCUGUUCUUCUGUUGCUUAUGGAGCAGCUGAAGAGAUUGGACCUUUUCAUGUUCAAGCAGAUGGAAAAAGCCUUUACUUGAAUCCUUAUUCUUGGAACAAGUUGGCAAAUUUGCUUUUCCUUGAAGCUCCUGCUGGUGUUGGUUUUUCAUAUACAAACACAUCAUCAGAGUUAUAUACUGCAGGUGACCGACAAACAGCUGUCGAAACAUAUGCAUUUCUACUCGGCUGGAUGGAAAGGUUUCCUCAAUACAAACAUAGGGAAUUUUACAUUACUGGAGAAAGUUAUGCAGGUCAUUAUGUUCCCCAAUUGUCUAAAAUUAUAUACGAAAGGAACAAAGGAGUAGAGAAUCCAAUCAUCAAUUUCAAGGGUUUUAUGGUGGGUAAUGCUGUUAUUGAUGAUUUCCAUGAUUAUAUCGGCACAUUUGAGUAUUGGUGGACCCACGGUUUAAUUUCCGAUUCUACUUAUAAAGUCCUUAGAGUGGCUUGUGACUUUGGAUCAUCUCAGCACCCUUCAAUUGAUUGCAUUAGGGCUCUUAGGGUUGCAGAGAGGGAGCAAGGAAAUAUAGAUCCAUAUAGCAUAUAUACACGUCCGUGCAAUAGUUCAUCAUCACUGAGGCGCAACUUGGGAGGUCACUAUCCAUGGAUGACUAGGGCAUAUGAUCCAUGCACUGAGAGACAUUCAGAAGUUUAUUUUAAUAUUCCAGAAGUCCAGAAGGCAUUCCAUGCCAACAUAACCAAGAUUCCUUAUCCAUGGAAAACUUGCAGCGACAUUGUGGGGGAGUACUGGGGAGAUUCUCCAAGAUCCAUGCUUCCUAUAUACCAGGAACUGAUAGCUGGUGGCAUUCAAAUAUGGGUUUUCAGUGGAGAUACUGAUUCAGUUGUUCCACUGACUGCAACCCGAUAUUCAAUUGACGCAUUGAAGCUUCCAACAGUAAUUAAUUGGUUCCCAUGGUACGACAAUGGAAAGGUGGGUGGGUGGAGCCAAGUAUACAAGGGGCUAACUCUUGUAACAGUGACCGGAGCAGGACAUGAGGUCCCUCUUCAUCGUCCUCGACAAGCUUUUAUACUUUUCAGAUCAUUCUUGUUGAACAAUCCUAUGCCAAGCUCAGUUCAAUAGAGCAGGUACAGCUGAUCCAUACAAGUCUACAAUUACCGUAAGCAUAUAAAGUUUAUAUAGUAAUCUUAAUUUCAUUGUGCCGGAAAAUCUGGUCGAAGGACUCCUGCUCCUCAAUAUAUAUCCUUGAAAAAAGAAAUUACAAAGACAAUAGGGCUGCGUUUCAUAUAAUUUUUAAUGUAAGUUGAAAAUUCGGUUACAGAGGGUACCUGUGUAAUAGUUACCGUCUUACUAAAAUUCAAAUCUUCCCUUUUGAAACAUUUCAAUUGAAUAAGCUUUAUUACUAGA